AUGCGACCGCUGCUGCGCACAGCAGCGCGACCGCUGCGCCGCGCCGUGCUUAUGCGUCUCAGCUCCACGGGCGCCCUCUGGACGAAGCUGAACGAGCUCGGCGCGCGGCCGGGCGCGAUCAACAUGGGCCAGGGCUUUCCCGACUUCGCCGGCUCGGCCGUGGCGCGCGAUGCGGCGAAGGCGGCGCUCGACGUGCCGGCGCUCAAUCAGUACGCGCCCAUUAAUGGCCUCGCGGAGCUGCGCGACGAGAUCCGAAACUUCUACGAGAGGAGCUAUGGCUCGACCUACGACGAUGACGAAGUGGUGGUCACGACGUCGGGCCAGGAGGCCCUGGUCGCAGCCCUCAAAGCGUGUUUCACGGAGGAGCGCCGCGGCGUUGUUGUCAUGGAGCCGUUCUACCCCUUUCUCGCUCCUGCGAUCGCCGCGGCCGGAGGCGUCAUGCAGCCCGCGCGGCUUGGCCACGGCUUUGUUCUUGAUGAGGCCGCACUCGACGCCGCGGCGGACGCGACGACGGCGUGCGCCGUGCUAAACACGCCGCACAAUCCUACUGGAAGGGUCUUCUCCGCGACCGAGAUCGACGCCUUCGCCUCGUUCUGCGAGCGGCAAAACAUCUACGCCGUGGCCGACGAGGUCUACGAGCACGCCGUGUUUCCCGGAAGGACGCACCACCGGCUCGCGGACCGCCUGCGCGACCGGACGAUCUCGCUGUCGUCCGCGGGGAAGUUGUUCUCGCUCACGGGCUGGCGUGUGGGCUGGGCGCUCGCGCCGCGGGACCUGGCGCUGAAGGUGUCGAACGCGCACACGGCGCUGACCUACAGCGCGCCGACGCCGCUGCAGAAGGGCGUCGCCGAGGCCCUCAAAGCGGAGGACGGCUCCUUCGACGGCGUGCCGUUCACGUUUCACCGCAACGCCGAGAUGCUGGCCGCAGCUUUGAAUGCGCGGGGCUUGGACGUGUUCCCGCCUGAGGGCGGCUACUUCCUGUGCGCCAACUGCCACGAGCCGGCGAUGGGCUUCGUCGAGAAACUAGCGUUCGAUACGGGUGUCGUGUGCACGCCGCUCUCGGUCUUUUAUGCCACACCGCCCGCGGAGGACACGUGGGUGCGCUUCACCAUCUGCAAGAGCGCGGCGCACGUCGACCGUGCGUGCGAGGCCCUCGCGCCGGACGCGUGGCUGAAUAAAUCCUAG